ACCUAGACUAGGCUAGCCUUUCCUCCCUCCCUCUCCUCCGUGGGCUUGCUUCCAUCCUGCGCCAUUUAUACUCUCUGGCUCCAAAGAGAGACGCCAUCCCCACUUCUAACUAAUAUACCACCGAACACGACUACCACAAGCAUGGCAUCCGCAAGCAGCUCUGCACAGGCCGCCUUUGGUCUGGGCCGCAGGAAGAAGAACCCCGGUGUUCUGGAUCAGAUUGGAAAAUUCUUUGGCGGGGACAAGAAGAAGAAAAGCAAGGGGUCCUUCCGUGGCGCCCUCUCUCCCGCCCCCCAGAAAGCCUCUGCAACGUCCCCUCGUAAGCGAGGGCCCGACAACGCCGUGGUCCACUUCUUCCGUACCAUCGUGUCCCCUGCGCCCCCAAAGUCCAGGUGGAGAGAACUAGCAGCCAAGAUAGGUCUGGGUGACCAGAAGUCACAGUCUGCUAGAGCCAAGAAGUCCACUGGAGGUGACGGCAAAGGCUCCCUGACCAGGAUCUUCAAAAUGUGAUGAUAACAACAAAACAGGAAGCCGCAGCUCUUCUCCAGCCAGACGCUGACGUUCCAAACAUCGCUUAAAAAAAAAACCCCAACAACAUUGUGGAAGAAAACCAAGCAAAACUUGCCACCAUUAAAACUCACCUUUGACCUCGCUGCUGAUAACACAUUAUUUUUGCUAAAACCCUUUCCAUUGUUUGGGCCGUUGUCUGUGGGUCCCCUGAAGCCGCUCUAGUGCGUAGCCUGCCGGCUCUAUGUGCUUACCUGUAUGUCCUCGUCUCUAAAGUCUCUAAAACAAAAAAACACAAAGGUGGCUGAGCAGAAUCCGACCUGGAUUGUGAAAAGUAAAAGCCCAGAGCAAUAAUUUCUCAUUAAAUUGCCUGUUGUGGCUGUUUGUGGAGUGUGUGACCAGACCAGGCUGGUUCUGUUUGUACUGAGAGAUUAUUUGUCUCGUCACAAAGUCUUGUGUCCUGUCCCCAAACAUCCAUUUCUGUUUGGAUACUCUGCUAAUAAUACUUUGAGUUACCUCCUGCAUGUGUCCUUUAAGUGUGGUGUCAUACAUGUGUUUGUCUUCACGGCGUAAAGCGGAGUGGUUAUGGACUGAAAUGUUUCACAUCUUUUUAAAGAGUUUGCUGCAAAGAACACUAAGAUGAGUCAUUUCUAAUAGAUUAUUCAAUUGUUUUGUCCCGUGAGAUGACAUGUUCUAAUUUUCUUCUGGAUGCGCUUCACUUGUCACUAAUUUCCGCCUUGUCAGCACCUUUAUCUGUCAUGGUUCCCUUCUUGCCCGCCCCCAAAAAGCAAGUGCUGUUUCUUUUUCUUUUGGAUAACUGAAACACAAUUUCAAAAAAAGGUGCUAUUUGACUAACACUGAAACGGUGUAUGGUGCUUUUGUCAAAAUUGGUCAGAGCAAAGCAGAACAUAUUUCUUCCACAUGUAAUAAAAUGUGUCAGUAGCAGCUACGAGUGCGUCUCUCAGUCCACUUCCAAAGCAUCCUUUGAAUGAAUGUAAGGAUCUUCCUCGUUCUUAUAUGUGUAAUAAAAGUGAGCUGCCACUUACCUGAAAAUAAACAAUUUGAAAGCCA